AUGUGGAAGAAGAAGCUUUACGCUUCAAAACCAAGUUCAACAAUUCUAUUACGCACAACAGAACUAGCAAAAAUCCAAUCUCCAAAUUCAGUUUCUCACAAAAAUACUCCGAUAUUAAAUCCCCUCUUACAAAUUUCUGCUUCGUAUUCUUCUUCCCCUCCUUUUGUUCGCGAAAUUGAAGGAGAAUUUUUUGCUACUGCAGGGGGGCUAUUUUUUGGAGGCUCAAGGUUUCAUAAGAAAAAUGUUAAUUUAUUUGUGAAAAAGAAGAAUUCUUUCUGCUCGGAGUCACAAUCCGCUGAAAAACUUCAGUGCUGGAAUUGCGAUGCCACUACUGAUGGUACGACUCCGUUUCUGGUCUGUCAAGCCUGUCGCAGUGUCCAACCCGUGAAUCACUCGAUCGAUUAUUUUCAAAUUCUUGGAGUGGAAAGGAAAUUCAACAUCGAAGUGGAUGAAUUAGAGGGGAAGUACAAAGACUGGCAAAAGAAGCUGCAUCCUGAUCUUGUUCAUUCUAAAUCCCAGAGAGAAAGGGAGUACGCUGCUGAACAAUCUGCUCGUGUGAUUGAUGCAUAUCGUACACUAAUGGACCCAUUGUCCAGAGCAAUCUAUAUCUUGAAGUUAGAAAAUGUGGUUGUGGAUGAAGAAGAAAGGAUUACAGACCCGGAAUUGCUUGCUGAGAUCCUGGAGCUGAGGGAAGCUGUCGAAGAUGCAGAAGACACCCAAGCAUUAAAUCAGAUCAAAGCUCAGAUACAGGAAAAAAUGCAAUAUUGGUGCAACUCCUUUGAAGAUGCAUUUCUGAAUAAAAAGUAUGACGAUGCCCUUGGUUCCAUCCAAAGAAUAACUUACUACAAAAGUGCAAAGGAAGAACUUGUUAAGAAGCUCUAG